UGAACAAAUGCGGACACAGUACAGGGGAUGACCAGAGACUGCGGACAUAGUACAGGAGAUGACCAGAGACUGCGGACAUAUUACAGGAGAUGACCAGAGACUGCAGACAGUACAGGAGAUGGCCAGAGACUGCGGACACAGUGCAGGAGAUGACCAGAGACUGCGGACACAGUGCAGGAGAUGACCAGAGACUGCGGACAUAGUACAGGAGAUGACCAGAUACUGCGGACACAGUACAGGAGAUGACCAGAGACUGCGGACACAGUACAGGAGAUGACCAGAGACUGCGGACACAGUACAGGAGAUGACCAGAG